CCGGCGCGAGCGAUCCACGCGUUCGUUUAUUCGACCCAAGCCCGAUGCGAUCGCGAACGCGACGUUUUGUCUCCUUUUUGUUUUGACAAUUUAUUUAAAUGGAAGUAUUGAGGACUAACCUCAUUUCUCGUUGUCUCUAUUCUCUUUAACUUGGUGUGACUAUGCUUUGUUGAUGUACAAAGGCAAUGUUAGCUCUACUUUCCUAAGUUAAACAAAAGUGAAUACAUAAGUUUUCUAAAAUUCUGAAGUCGAUCGUCAGCUACAGAAGUAGUAGCAACCGUUAGUGUUACUGUAAAUUUGAUUGUCUAGAAAGACAAGUGCAAUUUAAUCAGAGAAAAGUAAUUAACUAACGACAAAUCAUUGAGCUUUUUAUGUGCAUUGCCGGUUACAGUGCUAAUGGAAUGGACUGAAAGUGGCUGAAAUAAACAGUACUCCAGAAUGAGUUGACGCAGGUUCAGCCGCAAGCCGACGCACUGUGAUGAAAAAUGUAUAAGCAGGACCUAAUUUUACUGAUAUGCGCAUGCGGCGCGCUGGCCGCACUCGACGGCUACAGUCCUCAGCAGGACCCAGACCAGUUCCACAUACAGACCGACGAAGAUGACGAGCGCUACUUCCUUUACCAGACCCACAACGGGCAGUAUAGGAAGGAACGCAGGCUGAAAGAUGGAUCAGUUGUCGGUACGACUGGAUGGGUCGGUGCAGACGGCUACCUACGGUUGCAAGACUACAUCGCUGACAAUGAAGGCUACAGAAUAUACAAAUCGAAGACUGUUUUUGUGGGGCAGAACCGGCCAAUCGGGGAGUCACUGAAAAUAGCAAAAACAGCGCCAACGGACUCUGGUUUCGGGGUCACGCCCGCACCAGCCCACCGACAGGUGCCAGUGAAUCGAGGCACCCCUCGCUUCACCACCACCACCCAAUCCCCAGUGCCAUCUUCAUCUUUUGUCCCACCCUUCCCUUCAGAGGUGUCUAUCACAGCGCGCCUACCGACCUCAACACCUCGCGUCCACGUGACGCCAAACUCUAUCGAUACCUCAACCCCGCAUUAUGACUUCAGACCAACCAUCCCACCGAUAACCGCGAGCGAAGCCUCACCUUCUCCAAACUCUUACGACACUAACAGCAUAGACGAUGGCUACUACGCCAGCGACAGCACACCAUACAGAAGAGUUGACAUCUAUAACCCAAAUUCUUAUAGACAUGCGGAUGCCUGGCUCCAAAGGCAGAGAGCCGGAGCUCAAAUCGGCGAUGGAUACACUCCUCAAUUCCCUGGCUACGACGGCGUAGCCUUUAGGAGAAAUGGGUUCCGGUAUUAUCUACCGAAACAGUACCAUGAGGAGGAGACCGACAGCUCUGCCGAACGGACGGGCAGCUUCGGUUAUGUGGACCCGUUCGGUAUCCGCAGAGUGAUAUACUACAACACCUCACCGGGACAAGGGUUCCAAAUACGAAAGAACAAUAGAUACGUCGGCCAUGACGCCACGCCUUACGACCCGAGGCCGUUGAAAUGAUUUAGAGUGCUUAAAAAACUUUGUAAGUGAAAUAUAGUUACCUAAAUAAAUUAUUAACUUUGAAUCAGUAUUGUUCACUUGUGACUAAUAAAUGGAGACAAAACGAUUAUCGAACGACGCGAACACUUAGCCAUUAAUUUAAUUGGUAAGUAUAAAGUAAGUAAUUAAAAAUGUAAAAAAAAUGAUGCUCAUAAAUUAAGUUAUUUAAUGUAUAACUUAUGUUUUUUAAAUGAGUGUAAUGAAAUGAAUUAAAUAUUGUAUGAAUAUUUGACGAAUUAUAUAAAAACAGGUUAACAGUUAUGAAACUUCACGCUUAAUAAUACUUAAUUGUGUAAAUAAUUAUUAAUUACUGAUAAUACUAUAUGUACAUACAUAUAUUUCUAUAUUUAGAUCAAGUAAGUGCCAUCACAAAUUUCGUACAUAUUUAUUUUAUGUCAUAUCAGAUAGAAGUUAGAUAGUUACUUAGACAAAUCAAUGCAGCGAAAAGUACCUAUGUAUACUAACUUAAUAACUUUUUUUUCACGAUAUUAAAAUGUAAAUUGUAUAAAAGCAGAAAAAAACCGUGAACUCCAAAAUACAAGAAUUCUAUAAGGACAUUGCUAGCCUUAGGCCAUACCCACGCCUCAGUGAAGGUCAGUGAACUCAUGUGUGGUGAUUUAGUCUAUAUAAGGACGAGUGUAGGUAGUCAAUGUAGUCAGACUAAAAAAGUAAUCCAGAUAAAAACGCGUAAUCAGAUUGCAUGUUUAUAAGUUACCUCGUACAUUUUGUUAAAAUACCUAUAUAAGUCUGUAUAUUUAUCUGUAAAUCUAAAUUUUAUCCGUCCUAAAAACUGUUUGAAAUAGCAAAGUUGAACUUUGACUCACUUCCAUAUUAAUAUUACCAUUAUUUCAAAAUGAAGGCAUUGUAACACAAAAACAUCACAAUCUUGAAAUAAUCUAUACUUAUAUGUAGGUAAUUUUAACCUAUACUUAAUAAAAAUAAUCUAAUUUUAAUAUUGGUUGUAGAUGCUUCGCAGUGACUUAGUUGUAACUUGGUGCUUUGUCUUAUGUCGCGGCCAAUAAUUCUUCAUUAUAACAUACGCGCAAAUUGAUAGUCCUAUUCGACUCAAAAAAUUGACAAAAGCUGAGAUAUGGAAAUCGCUACGUUUCCAACGAACAUUUCUAAUGAUGUAAAAAACGAAUCCUGCAAGGCGGUACGCAAGACUAAAUGGCGAUAUAUUAAAUUAUGAAAUUUUUUACAACGCAAAAGUAACACAUAUCGACUAUUGUUUAUAUUUUGAGUCAAAUAGGACCUCUACAGUGAAAAUGUCUAAAAUGGCGACUUGUUGCCGCGACAACCACGGGAAUUAAUUUAUACUGACUAGUGUUCGUGUGAUAAAACUUAAAAACGCACAGUCAAAUCUUUUUUGACAUAAUAAAUUAGUAAUAUCUACAUUAUGAUAUUGAUAUUAGUAUAUUUGUGCUCUCGAAUGUGUUAUUUUUAUUUAUUCUAACAAAUUAAAUAGCAAUUUUUUUGUCACUAAUUGUUUUGUUAUAAUGAAAAGUAUUACAAAAUUAUAAUUACGA